UUUAUAACACGCAGCCAAUAAAGGAACUUUUACCGGCAUUUAAAAAACCUCAGAAAUAUGCCUUCUAGUCAUGAAGAAAUCUGAUGUAAGAAAGUAUCAGCUGGCUUGCUAGUUUCCGUAAUUCAUGGGAGCAUCUGUCGGAUACUCUUGUUGAGAACCUUACUAACAUUAAUCAGUGAAAUCAUAUAAAGUCGCUAGAAUCUCCUCAUUCUUGAUUUCCUCUUUCACUUCUCAAUCAUCCCAAUUUAAUUCUCAUUUCUUUUCUUUUGUCUUUCUUAAGAAACUCUAUUAAAACCACAAAAAUGCAGUUUAUUUCAACUUCUCUCAUUGCCAUUAUGGCCGCUGCUAUCACUGCCGCCCCCACUCCAAAUGCUCAAGAAGCUUCCGCAACUGCCGCAACCCAGCUAAUCGACUUGUGGGUUGACAAAGACUUCCUUGGACUCAAAUUUACUGGAUCUUCGACUGUUAACACUUGUAAGUGAUACGCGUUUACUUUUCAACCUAUCAAUCCCCUGCAUGUUUAACAUCAAUAUAACCCAUCUCAAUUUGCGAUAUUUUGAGGCUCUUAUUUGUAUGUAUAUACUGACUUGAGACCUAGGCAAUAACUUGAGUGGUGGAUUUCGAGAUUCCGUCUCUUCAGGAAAGGCUAAGGCAGGCUUCCGCUGCACUGUCUGGGUGUAAGAUCUCCAAUUCCUGAGAAAAAGGUGUACUUUGGCUUACGUUAUGGGUCUUACAGUGAUAAUGACUGCUUGGGUACCGGAUUCAGCUUCAAUGCGAACCCUGGUAGCAACCUAUUCCCAUCGUGGAUCAACGAUCAGUCUUCCAGCUGGAAAUGCGUUACCGCAUAAGCUCAAGGAAUACUGACCAGAUGUCGGCAUGUUCAUGGUAGUAAAUGAUAGCAGUUAUCACAUACCAAUCACGGUGGAAUCAUUAGUGCUGAUGGGAAUAUAUACACUCGCUUGUCUUGUUUUUGUAUUUUGAUUUGGGGCCUAUGGUGCUUGGAAUUUGGAAUUACGCUAGAUAAAUAAAUCCCCGUGGAAGAAAUUGAUCACUUCU